AUGGCGGCCCCGACCGAGACUCCCGCCGGGGACCUUGCGACCCAAGUCCUGCAUGCGUUGGACAAGAAUUCACCCCUCCUCUCGUCUGAGGCCUUCCCCGCGAUCCCCUCCACCGAGGUCAAGGGUGCGCUCGACAGACUUGCCUCCCGUGACAUGGUCAAGUACGAAACGAUCGACCGAGAAGAAGCCAUUCUAGAGCCCGAGGGCGAGCAGAUUGCCGCCAAUGGCAGCCACGAAGCCCGUGUUUUCGAAGCCUUGCGCUCUGCGGUGGAGGGGCUGACUAUCCAGGAACUCGAGAAGACUAUCGGGGACAAGAAUGUCGUCAAGAUUGGUCAGGGACGAGCUUUCAGAGAGAAGUGGAUUUCCAAGACUCAGGAUGGCAAGUUCAAAGCUGCCAAAGAAUCCAUCAAGGACGUCACCAAGGAACAGAUGCAGACCAUCCAGUCAACGAAAUCAUACCCCGACGCCAAGAUGCUCGCUGAUCUGAAGAAGCGCAAACUCGUCCGAACCCAAAAGAUUAUCAGCUUCAAGGUCCAAAAGGGCGACAAGUUUGCCCUCAAAAUCCCCGAGGUGGCCACCGACCUGACGGCCGACAUGAUUGCCAGCGGGUCAUGGAAGACGGCUACCUUCAAGGGCUACAACUUCAAGGCAUUGGGCGCGGACCAGCAGUCUGGUGCCCUGCAUCCCCUCAACAAGGUCCGAUCUGAGCUGAGGCAGAUUUUCUUUGAGAUGGGGUUCCAGGAGAUGGCUACAGACAAGUUCGUCGAGUCUGGGUUCUGGAACUUUGACUCGCUGUUCGUGCCGCAACAACAUCCUGCUCGUGAUAUGCAGGAUACUUUUUACGUCUCAGACCCCAAGCUGGCAGACAUGCCUAGGGCGGAAGAUCCAAGUGACAAGGCUGAUUAUCAGGCUUACUGGGAUAAUGUAAAGGCUGUACAUCAGGACGGCAAAUACGGCUCGAUCGGCUAUCGAUACCCCUGGUCUGGAGAAGAGUCCAAGAAGCUCGUCCUUCGAACGCACACCACAGCCAUCAGUGCCAACAUGCUUUACAAACUUGCGCAGCAAAAGGGUCCGGAUGGUCGGCCCCCGCCAGCCCGUUACUUUUCCAUCGAUCGUGUGUUCCGUAACGAAACCGUCGACGCCACGCAUUUGGCAGAGUUCCACCAGGUUGAGGGUGUCAUUGCGGACUACGACUUGACCUUGGGUGGUCUCAUGGAGUUUAUGGACAUUUUCUUUGGCAAGAUGGGCAUUACCGACCUCAAGUACAAGUGUGCUUACAACCCUUAUACUGAGCCCAGUAUGGAAAUCUUCUCUUAUCACAAGGGCCUCGGAAAGCUUGUCGAAAUCGGCAACAGUGGCAUGUUCCGUGCUGAAAUGUUGGAAUCUAUGGGUUUGCCUAAGGACAUGCGAGUUUUCGGCUGGGGUCUGUCUCUUGAACGCCCCACCAUGAUCAAGUAUGGCAUCUCAAACAUUCGCGAACUGUUGGGUCACAAGGUCGAUCUCAACUUUAUGCGCAACAGCCCCGCGGUGCGUUUGGAUAAGGCGUAA